AUGAUCUCUUCCCGCCCUAUCUGCGUCGUCGCAGGCGUCGGUAAUGGUUCCGGUACUGGCGCGGCCACUGCCCGCAUCUUCUCUAAGGAAGGGUAUCGGCUCGCGUUGAUAUCUCGUGACAAAGAGACAAUACAUAAGUUCGUGGAGGAACUGAACAAGGACGGGAGAGAGGCUGCCUUUUUCCCCAUAGCAGCGUAUACCUACUCCGAAAUGCACGCCUCCUGGGAGGCCAUUCGAAAGCACUGGCCCAGUACCGAGAUCCGUAUCGCUCUUUAUAAUGGUGGUCAUCUCUGCGUUAAGCCUUUCCUUCAGACGACCGAACAGGAUCUCCAGGGUAGCCUCGACACACACGUCAACGCUGCGUUUUCCUUCUCCCGCGAAGCAAUAUUGUCAUUUCUGGAUCAGCCAUUGAACGACAAAGGCAAACGGGGAACACUUUUGAUCACAGGUGCAACCGCGUCGCUGAGGGGAAAUACGACGACGUCCGUAUUCGCGGCAGGCAAGUUUGGACUGCGUGCAUUGUCGCAGAGCUUGAACAAGGAGUUUGGGCAAAAGAACAUACAUGUACGUACUUCAGCUGUCUACCUCCACUCUAUUGUUUCCAUCCUGACGGAUCGUUCUCCCAAACAAGGAAGAAGCCCAGAGUGGCUCGAAGAUCAUGAUGCUAGGCUCGAGCCCGAGAGCAUCGCACAGGCCUAUCUCUACCUUGUAAACCAGUGCAGGUCGGCUUGGACUUGGGAGCUAGAUCUGCGCUCUGCCCAUGAGAAGUGGUGA